UGUCUGCGACGAUGCUGUUCACACGGGUCUCGGGAGGCGGGUGGAAAGGGCUCGGCUUGGCUUCUUCCACCAAAGUCGCUUUCAGUUGUGGGGCUGCCUAUAGGGCGAGAAGAAGGGGCUCCGAGCUUGGCAACAACCCCCGUCUCCUCCUUCCCGCUCCUUCUCUCAAGGAUUUCAGGAAGACUUUUGCCGCCAUGGCCACCUCUGCGAGUUCCCAUUUGAGCAAAGCUAUAAAGCAUGUGUACAUGAAGCUGCCUCAGGGGGACAAGGUGCAAGCUAUGUACAUCUGGAUAGAUGGGACUGGCGAGUUUCUGCGUUGUAAGACCCGGACACUGGAUCAUGAGCCCAAGAACAUUGAAGAUCUACCAGAGUGGAACUUUGAUGGCUCCAGCACCUACCAGUCCGAGGGCUCCAACAGUGACAUGUAUCUUGUGCCUUCUGCCAUGUUCCGGGACCCUUUCCGCAAAGACCCCAACAAGCUGGUUCUCUGCGAGGUCUUAAAGUACAACCGCAAGCCUGCAGAAACAAAUAUAAGGAACAGCUGUGCAAGAAUCAUGGAUAUGGUGUCUAAUCAGACUCCUUGGUUCGGGAUGGAGCAAGAAUAUACUCUUCUGGGAACAGAUGGACAUCCCUUUGGCUGGCCUUCCAAUGGUUUUCCUGGACCCCAAGGCCCAUACUACUGCGGAGUUGGAGCAGACAAGGCUUAUGGGCGAGACAUUGUGGAAGCCCACUAUCGAGCCUGCCUCUAUGCUGGUGUAAACAUUGGUGGCACAAACGCAGAAGUUAUGCCAGCACAGUGGGAGUUCCAGGUGGGUCCAUGUGAAGGAAUUGAGAUGGGUGAUCACCUCUGGAUUGCUCGGUUCAUCCUUCAUAGAGUAUGUGAAGACUUUGGGGUCAUUGUGUCUUUCGACCCGAAGCCCAUCCCAGGCAACUGGAAUGGAGCUGGAUGCCACACGAACUUCAGUACUAAAGCCAUGCGAGAGGAAGGAGGCCUCAAGCACAUUGAAGAAGCCAUUGAGAAGCUAGGCAAGCGCCAUCAGUACCACAUCCGUGCCUAUGAUCCCAAAGGGGGGCUGGAUAAUGCCAGGCGCCUGACCGGGUUCCAUGAGACCUCCAACAUCAAUGAGUUCUCUGCUGGAGUAGCCAACCGUGGUGCCAGCAUCCGCAUCCCGAGAAGUGUGGGCCAAGAGAAGAAGGGCUACUUUGAAGAUCGCCGGCCCUCUGCCAACUGUGACCCUUACGCCGUGACCGAAGCGCUAGUCCGCACCUGUCUCCUCAACGAAACUGGGGAUGAGCCCUUUGAGUACAAGAACUAAGUGGACUUGUCCCACAGACACCCCACCCUCUUUCCCCCGUCUGUCUCCUCUCUGUUCUAGAUGUUAAUUCUGAGGGCAUGAGAUACCAUAUUUGUGCCUCUCCUCCCCUCAAACUCACCCUCUCUUUUCCUUCUAAUGGGAGGCGGAAGUCUAGUCUUCUUUCAGCAUUCUCUCUCUCACUUGAAAGGCUGAGAAGACGAGGAGUGGGCAUUAGAGGAAAAAAACCUGAAUUAACCACUAUUUCAUGUAAUUUGUAUGUCUUGAAAGGGUUUCAGUAGCUUCCAAAAACAGAGAAUACGGUGAUCGGAGAAGGGAGUGAUUAGGGCCUGUCUCCUUUCCGCAAGGCUUGUCCUUCACGAGUACUAAUGAAAUUUGUGAAAACACAACGGUGUAUCAUGUGUCAAAUAUUUGGAAGGUGGUGGUGGUGGUGAGGGGAAGUUCUCCAGCCCACCACUAAAAAACGUGGUGAUACCAAUGUGGGUGCAUAUGCCGAUUCUCUGAAAGGCAUCUUAAUACCCUCCUAUUAUAAGUAAGACGGGGCACUUACCUUUCAGCAGUGUUCGAUCUCUUGGGCAUUUUUACAGCCACACUAAAAUUUUCUCUUAAGUUGUAUUUAAAAAGCUGUCAAACACUUUGAUCUGUUUUUGGAAGCUGUCAGGCUUUCUGUUUCUAACACAGAGUGAGGUAGGGUUAUUUUAUAUUUAAAUGUCUAAAAACAAUGUGGUUUUGUUAAUAAAAAAGGUCCACUAAAUCAGCUGUUUGCAGAAAGGCUGAGAUUGCCUUAGGUUUGUUGUGGGGACUCCAAAGUCUGAAGGAGAAAAGAUUGUUGAGACAAGAGAAUGAAUAUCUGUGUUUUUAAUGUUUGAGAGCAGCUUUGAUGGGUUGUUAGAGACAAGGGGCUAUCCGUUUACAAGCUUGUAAGUUAAAAUAGGUAUUAAUUUUUAAUUUAAAGGCUGUCAGGGCAGUGCUGCGUGCGGCUGGCUGCAGCAACAAAGAUGCACCUGUGCUUCAAAGAAAGAGUUGGCUGGUCAACUUAUAAUCAUGUUAUUGACAAGUAUUUGGCAGAGAAUGGGGGCAGAAAAAGGAGCACAUUCAGAAUUUCCAGCAGGAUUUGCAUGUCAACUAAAGCAGGGCUUUUGAUGAAGCAGGAAGGGGGAGAGAAUUGGGAAAUGGGUUUUUAGAGAUUUUAAAUAACAUGUUUUUAGGGGUUUCUAAAGCUGUACAGUUCUACAGAGACCACUGCUGUUCCUGUAGCUACGUUCUGGUGGUCAAAAACGUCUGCCACUUCUGUCAAGAUUCCACUAAUAACCAUAGCUGCCCUCAGAGGUAAUGCUAGCAGGUUCAAACGUUCCGGGAUUUUGUACCUUGGUAUCUUGGAUGGUGCCGAUGAGGUUCCGCUGCAUUUGGACUUGGAAAUAGGGGUUUUUUUGUAAUAAAAGAGAUUUUUAAACCUAA